UUCCUAGAAGAGUGGAGGCUGUUAUAGCCACAAAAGAGGGGCCAAUUCUGUAUUAAUGCCCAUGGGUUUUGGAAUGGGAUCUCCAACAAGCUCACACAGAUGUGGUGGUCAGGUGUCCACAUCGUUUUGACCAUACAGUGUAUUUAAGACAAUUAUUAUUUGAUCACUUUUAUUCAUUUUCGAUAUUUUGAAAUUUCACUGCAUUCCUAUUUUUUAUUUUUUGAUAACACCAAAACCUGUGAUCACUGAUAUCAAGACAUGAAAUGUUCACGCUGUCCUGGCUCUACUGCAUAAAUACACAUAUGCACAUGUUGCACACAAUCUAAAAAUGGAAAAGUGUUCCAGGGGCUCAAGUGACCUCCAGGUUGCUCAGAGCAUUCAGGAGGAGGCCAGAAAGAGUGUCUGUGCACAUGUGAGUGUGUGUGUGCACGUGUGCGCACCAUAGCAAGUUCAUUCUGCAACUCCAGACUGACAUCAUUGGCCGUUACAUAACAUGAAGAUAGAGUUGAGACUCACAAGCACUCCCUGCUUUUAAAGCACCGAUCUUCAUCUAUCCUCUUCAUCCUCACACGUUAAGCCCCGUGUACCAGUAGUAUAAUUCUUUUUAUAAGUAGUUUUUAUUUAGUGGCAGUUCAGUGUUACUCUUUACUGGUCCUUACAGCUCCUGUUUUAGCCCUGCCCAUGGAUUCCCAUUGGAGGCAUUAGAACUUCCUAGAAGAGCCUUGAAAUUUGAUGCUUUUAGGCCUAUGGAUAAACAUAGGCCGAGUUCACACUCUUUGGACAAGCAACGUCAGCUCUAAAAGAUUCAGAUUAGGAUUAUGGCUGAGCAAACUGGUCCAUGGCCUGUUCUCAGGGCAGCUAGAUCAAAAAGACUGUUUCAGAGGGUGGAAUAUCUUCCUGUGAUUGGCUACAAUGGAUCUAACACAGUGUGAUGAAUAAGGUCACAAGAUUAUAAAUGCCAUCAGCUUAGGGCUGGUGGCAUUUGUGAGUUUCCCAAUGAGAAGCAUCUUCACUUCAUAAACAUCUUUCAAGCAGUCACAAUGUGGAUCCUUCGAAGAGUCCAAGAGAGCGCUGAGAGCUUUCCGGCAGAGAUCAGUCGGCUGGUCAGCAAAAAUUCCGAGGAGAUCUCAGCAAAGGCAAACCUUCUCAACAAACUCCACAACAAUGUACUGACACCAGACAAAAUCCCUGAUUUCUUCUUGCCUCCCAGGCUGAGCAGGCGCUCUCUUGUGGCAGCGGAGGGUACUGUUUCCCAACGCCUUGGCGAAAAGCAGCCUGACUGUGGUCAGAACUCUCGGUCAAAACCUGAUAUGACCACAGUCAAGACAGAUAUGAACAAGGGCACUGUAGUGGGCCUAAGGGGUCCAACGCCAGUUCCGUUUUCACUGAAGAGCUACGAGUCUGGUCUGUUUGAAAGUCCUAACACACGGCGUAAGGAGUCCCUCUUUCACUCGGCGUUCACCCGCUACAAACUGGAACGAGUGACCCCAAGGGCGGCACCAGAACUGCCUUCUAUUACACUGCUGAAGGCGAGCAGCAUGGAGAGUGACUCUUCUUCUUCAGCAGACUCCUCCCCUCACAGUUCACCACCUCCCUCCUGGCCAGUCAGACGAAAAUGGGACAUAAUGGCAUCGUUGUCCCGCUCUGCAUCCAAAGAAUCGCUUCAUAAGGACGUUCCGCUGAGCUUCAGAAACACAGAAAAGGCCCAAACUGAAAAGGCAACCCCAGCAAAAGCCAGUCACAAUGGAACAGCCCAGCACCUUAAUUGCUUGACCCUGACCCCACCCCUUCAGUGCCCACUGGACAUGCUGCACUGUCAGGAACGCCUCCACAGCGAGCACAUCCUGCUCCUCCCUAACAGAGGGUGUAUCCGCCUAUCCGCGUCCCACUCUGACACCACUGGGGAUCUGUCCACGGUCCGCAUCCGAGUGAUCUCUGUGGAGGGCCUGCGCGAGCCCGGUGACCUACGACCCCUUCACUGUGGCCUGACCUUGAGCCUGACCCCCGGCAAGCUGCAGCGUCAGCACAGCGCCACCAUCAGGAACUGCCGAAAUCCCGUAUUCAAUGAGGAUUUCUUCUUCACGGAGCCUGAGGGAGAGGAGGGGGGUCUGCGGGAGAUGGCUCUCAGGGUGAAGGUGCUGGAUAAAGCCUCUGGCCUGGGGAGGGCCGCAGUGCUGGGGGUCAUCGUCAAACCUCUCUCUGAACUACUACCAGCACGAGAGAAUCAUUUACAGAGAGAAAGAGCUGGACUACCAGACCCAGAUUAA